AUGGCACAGAGCGUGGUAUAUGCUGACCUGAGGUUUGCCAAGGUGAUGGGGGGCCGGAGCACGGCCAGCCAGGCACUGGAGGCAGCCCUUGGCAUGGAUGAGGCAGAGAGCCCCUACGAGAACAUGCAGUCGGCGCCGGCGGGGCAGGAUGGGGAUGGCGCCCAGCCCAACCCAGAGCGCUGGUCCUGGCGAUGGUGCAUCCUUGUGGGGCUGCUGGUGACCUGCCUGCUGCUGCUGGUGGCCACCGUGGCCCUGGGGGCUUGCUACUGGCAGGUCACCCGCAGGCUGCAGGUCACCUCCCAGGAGCACGCGGCCGAGCAGGGCCGCCUCUCGCAGGAGGUGAGCGCGCGGGAGCAGAGCCUGGAGCAGACGCGGCUGGAGCUGGCACGGGCCAGAGCGGAGCUGCAGCGAGCGUGGCGGGAGGGCAACAGCAGCCAGCUGGAGCUGGGGAGCCUGAACGCCGAGCUGGGGCGCAUCAUGGGGGUCCUGGGGAAGACGGAGAAGGAGAUGCAGGAGGUGCAGGGGAAGCUCAACAACAGCGAGAGCACUGUGGCCAUCCUGCGCUCCUGCACGGCUAUAGAUUGCUGCCCUUCAGGCUGGCUGCUGUACAGGGGCAAGUGCCUCUUCAUCUCAUCAGAGAAGAAGACAUGGGAGGACAGCAGAGAUGAGUGUGAGAAGAAAUAUUCUCAGCUCCUGGUCACCAAAUCCUGGAGUCGCUGGACCGUGCCGACCUUCCUGAAGAAUGCGGACAUCCCAUACUGGAUUGGGCUGCAGAAGAGCAGCUUCCCCUGGUACGACUAUGGCUGGCUGGAGGAAGAGGACCCGGACGGCGAGGGGGUCUCGGAUGCCUGGUUCUGGGUGGACGGCUCCCUUUAUGAAAGGCCGUGGCAGUCGAAGUCGAACGGGUCCUGUGCCAUAAUAAGCCGCGGGAACAUCAAACCUGCCCAGUGCGCUGGUCCCGAAGACCUGCACCUCUGGAUCUGCGAGAAAGCGGCGGGGCCGAGCUCCCCUUUCAUCGGAUGA